AUGCUGCUGCUUCAUCUAGGGACCGUCUUGGUGUACGCUCUCGGAACCCUGGGAAAUUCCAUCACGCUCGACGAACGCGCUGCCGGGAAGUGUGCAGAAAAGACAGAGACGAGAUUCAGCGCUCGGCGAUGUGUACAGCAUUGUCAAAUCGUCCACCCAAGCUACAUUUUCAAGGAUCUCGUCGUCCGAGACUUCGAUGCAUGCAUCGAGUCCUGCGGAAAGGAUAGGAAAUGCGAUGUCGCCAGCUACAGCCGCAGGACCCGGAAAUGCUACUUGAAGGACAGUCGUGCACUGAGGUCGACAAGGCGAUCGCCUCUGAUCGAUACGAUUCUUGAGACGAACAACUUCGUCGACGUCUGCGUCCUCCUCUGUCCGGACCACAAGUCGCUCCUCUUCCCGCUCGCAGCUGUCCACAACUUCACAAACGAAAUCGACCAGCUUAGCGGCGAGCACAAAGACCACUUCGCUGUCUAG